AUGGAUGACCAAGCCCCAAAGCCACAGGGGUCCCUGCCACUGCCUCAGGGGGCAGGAGCUAUCUCUGCAGCGGGCCCUGAGAGCGGGGUCCCCUGCUACCCCCCACCCGCCCCCAGUGAGUUCCCCGAGGCCCAGAGCCUCCACGUGUCCCUGCUGGGUGUCAACUGCCCUCUCGGGCCGGGUCUCUUCUCCUACCUGGGACCCUCCUUGGCCGCUGCGGCCCACAUGCCCUUUCUGGCCUCGGCCAGCCCCCUGCUGCCGCCGGCUUCCACCUUCCCUUCCCCGCAAGCCCCCGAGCGCCCUGCCCUGGUCCCCCGCCUAUACUACCCCCUGCUCCUGGAGCAUACCCUGGGGCUGCCAGCAGGCAAGGCUGCCCCUGCCAAGCCCCCAGCAGCCCCAAAGGGGCCCCCUGGGGCUCUGGCCCCGGGGCUGCUGAAAGUGCCGGUGCCUGGGCUGGGCAGGCCCUGGCCCCGAGGAGGAGCCCCUAGGGACUCAGGGCCGGAGGGGGAGCUGGAGCCGGCUGCCCAGAGUGACCCCAAGAGGAGGCUGCCCCUGGGAAGCAGUCUGGAGCCCCUGAGGGCCCCCUGUAGCGUGGUGAAGUUUGGUUCCCAGAGCAGCUUGCAGACUGGCCCCUCCGCGAUGCUCUGGCCUGAGGACAAGGAGCCCAGCAACCCUGAGCCCCCAGGCCCCAUGGCCCUCCUGCCCCAGCAGCCCCUGGACCUAGUGGCAGGUGGCCCCGGGCACGUGGGUGAGGACCUCACCCGGGCCCUGGGUGACUAUGCCAGGGUGGAGCAGCGUCUGGGGCAGUUGGCGCCUGCUGGGGGCCUGGCCCCUCGGCCUCUGCGGGAGCAGCUGGGCAAGAUUCGCCAGGAGCUGCUCACCAUCCACCAGGCCCUGGAGCGGGCUGUUCGGCCGCCGGACGCACCCCUCGACCUCUCUGUGAAACGGGUGCCCACCAAGGGGCUCAAGGGGCCUGUGGGGCCCUGGGGGCAGCGGGAGCUGGGCCCCACACUCGCCCAGGGGGCCCCCGAGCCACCCAGCAUGCUGGGCCCUGCACCAGCUGAGCCUUUCUCUGGCCACACCACCAAGUGCGAGGCUGACUCCAGUGUCCCACCCCCGGGCCUCCCCCUUCAGGCCCCGGAGGACCCUGUCAUUCCUGGUAGCAGUUGGGGUGCCCGAGGUGGGCCUGUGGGCUCCUGGCCCCCUGAGGCUGUCCCUAGCAUUCAGAGCCCCCCUGGUGCUGAGGUCUGA